AUGAAGACCCCCAACAUGAACGUGCAGGCAGAGCAGAAUGCAGCCGCUAGUACCUCCGCUUCUUCGACAACUGCUUCGACUGCAGCAGCGCAGGAGCCACAGCAGAUCACCUCCUUCUUUGGGCCCGCCCACACCUCUUCUGCGCAAGAGGCUCCUACUCCUGCUCCUGCAUAUCUAACAGCAGCAGGAGCUGGAGCAGCAACAGGCGCCGACAUGACAGCCCCCGCAUCGCCUCAGCAGCAGCCAGUUGCUCUCUUGCUCUCAGCAGCACGUGCGAGCACCGCAGCAGACGAGUCAACGCGCACCAGCCAAGUAUCUCAGCUGGUGGACGAGUGGCCCAGCACUUCCGUCGGCACGGAACAACGAUCCAAGAGCAGCACCGGCGCCAGCUCCAGUACCGGCGCCAGCUUCAGGACCGGCGCCAGCUCCAGCAUCGGAGCCAGCUCCAGCACCGGCGCCAGCUUCAGCACCGGCGCCAAGUCCAGCAUCGGCGCCAGCUCCAGCACCGGCAGCAGCAACGCCGACAGCGGGAGGAGCGCCGGUGGCCAACGAUGCUGCAUCCGGCGACAUGAUGUUUCCCGGAGAGACAAAGUGGGGAGAUGGGUUCGGUGGCGUUCUCUUUGGUACGCCGGCACAGACAAGGGCAAGAGGAAGAAAGGGCAGCUGGAGUUGGAGCCACCGAACUUCCCGAUUCCCGAGCUUGGUGGUGGAAGCCAAAGGAACCGCUACCUUCUGAAGUUUAAGGUGGAUGCGGUGAGGUACUCACAGAGGAAGAUCAAGGGGGCGCAAGGGCCGAACGAGACUGUUGGGAUAACCUACGCGUCCAGGAUCCAGAAGAUUCCCGACAAGGCGACGUUGGCGGCGUGGGUUAAGAACGUCGCCAAGUACGAAGCCGCGCUGGCGGAAGCGGACACGUACAAGGGAGGAGCGAAGCACAAGAAGGACGCCAACAAAUGCUUGUCGCUGAACGUCGGACGGAUCAGGACGCACACGGCGGCCGACCGUGAGGUUGUGGACUGGGUCAACGAGCUGCGUUCUGAAGGCAUCUCCGCCCGUGUUUCGACGAAGAUGAUCAAGAACAAGGCCGUCGAACUCAAUACGAACUUCUUCGGGAAGAGGCCGGCGCCAUCCGAUCUCCAGGGCUGCCAGAAGUACAAGAACAGGCAGAACCAGUGGUGCAGAAGGUUUCUCAGGAUCUACCGCUUCUCUGUGCGAGCUGUCACCCGGCAAGGUCAGAAACUUCCUUCUGGCUGGCCUUUGGUCGCCAUGCAAGCGAUCGAGGGGUUGAAGAGGCUGAAGAGANACUGGGUCAACGAGCUGCGUUCUGAAGGCAUCUCCGCCCGUGUUUCGACGAAGAUGAUCAAGAACAAGGCCGUCGAACUCAAUACGAACUUCUUCGGGAAGAGGCCGGCGCCAUCCGAUCUCCAGGGCUGCCAGAAGUACAAGAACAGGCAGAACCAGUGGUGCAGAAGGUUUCUCAGGAUCUACCGCUUCUCUGUGCGAGCUGUCACCCGGCAAGCCUCGGAAAUUGACGUCUUUGAGGACAACGAAGGAGCGAUUGCGCUUGCAGAGAAUCCGCUUAGCUCGAGUAGGAGUAAGCACAUUGACGUGAGGCACCACUUCCUUAGGAAUUUGACGGAGGAGGGCGUGAUCGAGGUCACCCAUGUCCCAAGCAAGGAGCAGCAUACUGACAUCCUCACAAAGGCUCUACCGAGAAACCUUUUUGAAGCCACGGGCGAGAAGGAGAUUGCCGUCAAAACCGGCGGCAAGGAGAAGAAGCGCAUCACUUUGGUCCUGACCGUGUUCGCCGACGGCACCAAGCUGCCGCCCCUCCUCAUCUUCAAGGGCCAGCCCACUCCGAAGGGGAAGUCCCCCGCCGCCAACAGCAUCGAGCGCGAGUUCAAGAACUGCAAGGACAGGAAAGGCUACGCGUACCCGCGAGGUAUGGCCUACGCCGUAGACCCCAAGGGAUGGCACUCCCAGCGGGUGUUCGACGAGGUGCGGGUGCCGCAGGUGUGGAACCGGCGCCCGGGGCGGCUCGGCCGCCUGGGCGGCUACCCUCAGCCUGACACGCUUCUUGCGUGGGACGACUACACCGUCCACAAGACGGACGCGUCGACCAAGGCGAUGAAGGAGUCCAACACGACGCUGUUCCUCAUCCCGGGAGGCCUGACUCCAAAGCUCCAGCCUUGCGAUGGCCUGGUCAACAAGAUCUUCAAGGCGAACAUGUCCAGGCUACACGACGACCACAUGGCUUCCAAGGACGUCACGCGCAACGACCGGGGCUAUCCGGAGCCCCCUUCGCGGGGUUUGGUCACACAGUGGGUCAAGAAGGCGUGGGAUGCCUUGACCGCGGAUGAAAUCCGCUCGAGCUGGAGGAAGGCUGGCCUUCUGCUGCCCGUCAACGGGUCGGAAGACGAGGCCUGGGCCAACAAGGAGCUCCGCACCAACGCCAAGGGGGCGCCCAUCUGCGUGCCAUGGACGCUGCGGACAAGGCUGACUCGUCGUCCGGAGGCGAUAACUUGCUGGAGGUGUUGGACAUCGACUAUGAUGACGACACGGGCGUGGUGGUGGUGGUGGACGUGAGCGACGACGAGGGCGAGGAGCUGUGAGGCAUCGGCAGCAAUGCUGGUGUUGAGAAAAUGGCUUGUGGUGUCCUUCUCAUGUUUCCUCGGGUUUUUCCUGGCGUACCUUUCUGUUCCUUCCGUCGUCUUUGAGUGGGUGUGAAGAAACUCUCGGCUGUUUUCCUCGCCGCGUGGAGUGCAACGUUGUUGUGUCUCGUAUUCAGUGAAGAUUUGCGGAUUGUGGUCGUUGAUUCUUGUUCGUGGUGUCUUUGCGUAGCUCUCUUUUCGUCGUACCC